AUGGAUGCAAGUCGCAAAGCACUCUUUCAAUCCCCUUAUGUUCCAACUGCCGAAUCAAGCAUAACAGCAGGUGCGACAACGAGUAAUAACCCUCUGAUUUUAACAACGAUUCAUUUGGAAAAUGUGACACAAUUUUAUCGUUCGGAAACGGAAAAAGAAUUGCAUUCUCAGCAUUUACAAAAAAUCAGAGAAAACAUACAAACAUUAUCAGCUGACGCAUGGCUUUAUCAGGAUCCGGAUAAAUUAAUCGGUUUUCAACGUGUUACUACUCAUUGA